CCCAGGAUGACCACGCUGGCCGGAGCCAUGCCCAGGAUGAUGCGGCCGGGCCCAGGGCAGAACUACCCGCGCAGCGGCUUCCCUCUGGAAGUGUCCACUCCCCUCGGCCAGGGCCGCGUCAACCAGCUCGGUGGUGUAUUUAUCAACGGCAGGCCACUACCCAACCACAUUCGCCACAAGAUCGUGGAGAUGGCCCACCACGGAAUCCGGCCCUGCGUCAUCUCCCGCCAGUUGCGCGUGUCCCACGGCUGCGUCUCUAAGAUCCUGUGCAGGUACCAGGAGACCGGCUCCAUCCGUCCCGGUGCCAUUGGUGGCAGCAAACCCAAGCAGGUGACAACGCCUGACGUGGAGAAGAAAAUUGAGGAAUACAAAAGAGAGAACCCGGGCAUGUUCAGCUGGGAAAUUCGAGACAAAUUACUCAAGGACGCUGUCUGUGAUCGAAACACUGUGCCCUCAGUGAGUUCCAUCAGCCGCAUCCUGAGGAGUAAAUUCGGGAAAGGCGAAGAGGAGGAGGCUGACCUGGAGAGGAAGGAGACAGAGGAGAGCGAGAAGAAGGCGAAACACAGCAUCGACGGCAUCCUGAGCGAGCGAGCCUCAGCACCCCAAUCGGAUGAAGGCUCCGACAUUGACUCCGAACCAGAUUUGCCCCUGAAGAGAAAACAACGCAGGAGCCGAACCACCUUCACAGCAGAACAGCUUGAAGAACUGGAAAGAGCUUUCGAGAGAACCCACUACCCUGACAUUUAUACCAGGGAGGAGCUGGCACAGAGGGCGAAGCUCACGGAGGCCCGAGUACAGGUUUGGUUUAGCAACCGCCGUGCAAGAUGGAGGAAGCAAGCUGGGGCCAAUCAACUGAUGGCCUUCAACCAUCUCAUUCCGGGGGGGUUCCCUCCCACCGCCAUGCCGACUCUGCCAACAUACCAGCUGUCGGAGACAUCUUACCAGCCCACAGCUAUUCCGCAAGCCGUGUCGGAUCCCAGCAGCACCGUUCACAGACCUCAGCCUCUUCCUCCGAGCACAGUACACCAAAGCACUCUUCCUUCGAACCCAGACGGCAACACUGCCUACUGCCUCCCCAGCACCAGGCAUGGAUUUUCCAGCUAUACAGACAGCUUUGUGCCUCCGUCUGGGCCCUCCAACCCCAUGAACCCCGCCAUUGGCAAUGGCCUUUCACCUCAGGUAAUGGGACUCCUGACCAACCACGGUGGUGUGCCCCAUCAGCCCCAGACCGAUUAUGCUCUCUCCCCUCUCACCGGGGGCCUGGAACCUACCACCACGGUGUCGGCCAGCUGCAGUCAGAGACUAGACCAUAUGAAGAGCUUGGACAGUCUGCCAACGUCUCAGUCCUACUGUCCACCCACCUACAGCACCACGGGCUACAGUAUGGACCCCGUCACCGGCUACCAAUAUGGGCAGUAUGGACAAAGUGCCUUUCAUUAUCUCAAGCCUGAUAUCGCGUAAGUGAACUGUCCACUUGGAGCUCGAACUGGCCUUGUUUCCGGUCUCCCCAGCCUACACAUGAAGAAUCUCCUCAGAAAACAAAAAUCAGCUUUUUUGGGGGGCAGUCUCGACAGGAGACCAAGAAGAGUGGUUUUUUUUCUUUUUUCCCCCCUCCGGUAGUUGGUCUCAAAUUCUUUUGAACAUGUUGGACAAACGCGAUGGAAGAAAGGAAGGCCUGGAACCGUAAAAAGACAAACACAACAUUUGAAGGCAAUGAUUUAACAUGGCUACAUAUCAAAUACCCCAACUCUUCCGUGCUGAUGAUCAAGGAGCUAAAACAUUCCAUUUGUGUGUGCGUGUGCGUGUGUGUGUGUGUGUGUGUGUAUGUGUAUGUGUGCGUGAGAUUUAUCUGGACUGG